CUCAGGGUCAUUCUGGGGUCACUCAGGGGUCACAGGGACUGGCUGACCGAGAAAAUGCACGCCAGGGACUUCACUGUGUCUGCAAUGGUCAGUGUGGUCACUCAGGGGUCACUCAGGGGUCACUCAGGGGUCACUGAGGGUCAGUCAGGGGUCACUCAGGGGUCACAGGGACUGGCUGACCGAGAAAAUGCACGCCAGGGAUUUUACAGUGUCAGCUAUGCACGGGGACAUGGACCAGAAGGAGCGUGACGUCAUCAUGAGGGAAUUCCGCUCCGGAUCCAGCCGGGUCCUGAUCACCACCGACCUGCUGGCCCGGGGUAUCGAUGUCCAGCAGGUUUCCCUGGUGAUCAAUUACGACCUCCCGACCAACCGCGAGAAUUACAUCCACAGGAUCGGGCGCGGGGGGCGCUUCGGCCGCAAGGGCGUGGCCAUCAACAUGGUGACCGAGGAGGACAAACGGACCCUGAGGGACAUCGAGACCUUCUACAACACGGCCAUCGAGGAGAUGCCGCUCAACGUGGCCGAUCUCAUCUGAGCCUUCAUCAGUCCUGGUGCUCCUCAUCCUCCUCAUCCUCACCU